AUGCGCAUAAACAGGGAACAUCGAAUAUUUUACCUGUUUGACAUUACUAUGGAUGGGGGCAUAAAGAUCUUUGCUCCUUCGUUUAUACCCACUGAAGAUUCAUUCUGUGCCUCCUUGUCAAGUAGUGUUAUUACGCUAAAUGAGAAGCUGUUAAGAAGAGUUCAUCUUUUUUUGCCGGUUUUGGUGGAAGUGGAUCCGUCGCCAAUAUGUGAUUAUUUGGAAGAUCACCAUAUUUUAAGUGAUGAGGAGGUGCGGUACAUAGAGGGCGAUGUUGGUGACUCAAAAAUGAUGAAAAUGACUCAACUAGUUUUUAAACUAGCUGAAAAGGUGGAUGGAUUCCCUUAUUUGAUCAUGGCUCUGCAUGAAAACAAAGAAAGGCAUGCACUGAAGGCUCUUGGAUUUGAUGGAUUCAUUUUUAACCAGAAUUUCACUGCGUUGAAAAAAUUUCUUGAAAAAGUUGUAUCCAUUGAUGAUGACAAUGAUGUUCCGCCAGUUAAAACUAUCAGGCGCGAUGAAAAUUUGAACAUUAAGAGCAUUUUGAGGAUCACAAACGAAUCACAAAACGAAACCUCGUUUGAAGGUAAAGAUUUAUCUGAAGGCGCAAAGUUCCAGCAUUCGCUCUUUGAUUCAUAUUCCGAUGAAAAUUAUGAUUUGAGAGCUGAUGAUGAGAAUGAAAAAUGUGAUAAUGUACCCCCCAUUUCACAACCUCUUCAGAACUUAUUUUCUUCUGGUUAG